AUCAAUCUGGUGUCACAUCUGCGCACACCGUAUUGAAAUAAUACUGCUAAAUUUAUUACUUAACUAACGUGUUCAUAUGUAGAUCCUUUUCAGUUAUUAUUUACUUAUAUUUAUUUUUUAUAAUUAAUGUAAUUGUUUUUCUAUCUUUUGUCGCGUUAGUUGUUGGAUAUUAUUUUGGAUUUUUUACGAAACUUUUAGAAAGUUGGGAUAUUUUUCCGAAUACGAUUUCUUGUUGAUUUUAUUUAGUUUACGGAAAGAUGAUUAAAGAAUAGAAAGUAUAUACCUGUAGUUGAAAUAAGUUUUAAUUCAAUCAUACUAAUACCGGACUUAAAAUAAAAAAUGGAAAACACGCUAUGUACCUGUAUUGUCGCAAUAGUCUGUUUGGGUUAUGUAACUGCUGAGAGUGGCGCGUUCACUAACUAUGUUAACAUGGAGAAACUGUAUACACUAGAAGAUGAACUUAUUACGCUGACUGAUGUUAUUAUUCGGCAAGAACGAGUUCUACACGAUGAUGAGGACACGCACGGAAUCUACAACAUCUCAAGCACUGUCGAAAACGUCAAGGCCAUACAUCGAGAGAUUGUCAGCAGUCGGAAUCUAUCAUCGUACCUUGUAAAUCCUGUAAACAUAUACCACAUGACAAAACGUCUGGUCAAGGACUGGACAAAGGUCAUUGCUACACUAGAGGAUAGCAAAUCCUGCGUUAAAGUGAUGCGAUCAAAGGUUGAGAACAUCGCGGACAAUAUACCGUCUGGAAGCAACUUGAAGCAUGUCAUUACAGGGGUACUCCGAUUACAAGCUAUAUAUAAUAUUUCUGUGAGUGACGUCAUGUCCGGUUCGUUCUCGGAAUUCCCAGCUCUAUCUAAUUUGUCAUUGGAUGACGCAUUUGAAUUUGCACGUGUCGCCUACGAAACGGAGCAAUACUAUCUCUCCGUUGUUUGGCUAAAAGAAGUCAUCUCACUGUACGACCAACAAAGUAGUGCAAAGUUUAAAUUGAGUAAUGCCAUGAAUCUUCUGUCGUCUGCUUAUCUAAAGUUACAAAGACCUACAGAUGCUUUAGCGACAUUAGACGAAUUACUUAAGACAGAUCCCAAUAAUAUGGUAGCAGCGAGAAACAGUAAAUAUAUCAUACAGAAGAUUGACAGCGGUAUGGCUGACGCUGACGUCAAUCAGCAGGAACUCAAGAGCAAGAAAGAUAAAUUGCUGCAGAAGUAUUGUAAACCAGACACUAGAGCGAGAAAGCCGAAACCUAAUCAGUUCUGUACAUACACAAGCACGAGACAAAUGGGGUAUUUCGACAGACCGAGCAUUGAAACAGAGGUGCUAAGUAGAAAACCAUUAAUUGUUUUGUACAAAAAUAUAACAACCAGAAGUCAACAAAAGGCGGUGGCAUACUUGGGAUAUGAGCAGAUGAAGGCUAUAAUGUACAAAAACCUUUACACACACCCAGGAGGAAUUGAUGGACUGCACGUUGAAGAUAACACGAAUUGGCAGUGGAUACCAAAUCUACAAACAACAUUGUAUGACAUUGAUAUAACUGAAAGAAAUCCCAUACAAUCAAGAUUGAUGGUACGAAAUAUUGGCCUGCAUGGCAUGGAAAAUAAACCACUGGGUGAAUCUGAACGAACGAGGCUUGGAACGUUUGUAGUUUUUCUAACAGAACCAAAGUACGGUGGUGGGGAUGUUGUGUUUCCAUUUGCAAACAUCAAAGUAAAACCAGAAAAGGGUUCAGUGUUGUUUUACGAAAGGAAAGUUCACAAACAAGCUACCAUAUGUCCAGUUAUCGCCGAUACUGAAUGGGUUGGAUUAUAUGGGCUUUAUGACCAGCUUUACAGUGAUAUAUGUUACAAAGAUGUUCUACAUAGACCUACUAUGAAUUCGAAGUAAACAGCAGUGGUUUUAAAUAGUUUACUUGUUGUAUGUUUUCAUUAGAUACAUGAUAGCAACACCCGUGUCGUCAGUUGAAUACAGCAACUUACCAACUACAUUUUACAUUGAAAUUUAUCUGUUAGCUUUAUAUUUUAACGCAUGAAUAUUAUAAACGAUUCACUGUCGAUAUGUAGUCAUAGAGUCUGUAUAAAUUAUGUUAUUAUGUAACUGUAACAGAAGGUAAAACGAUAAAGAAGGACGAAUUCAUGUAAAUAUGUUAUAAUUUCCAUUAUCAUGUUUUCUGAAUCACUCAUAGAACCAUAUACGAUUGUAUCACAAUUGUUUGUAUGUUCUCAUGCUUGCAUAACAAAAUGUAUCAAUUUUGGAAAAACGGCAAUGACUUUUAUAUACGUGUCAACACUGAGUUGUUUGUUACAUUACAUAUUCACCUUUUCUCUUUCAUAGUUUCGGAGUUAUAACAGUUACAUAGUAAAAAUAAGAUUAAUAGCAUGUUUUCUCUUUUUCAAUGAAAUGAACAAAUCCGGGAGACGACAUAACCUUUAUGUAAGCAAUUUAUUCUAAAAAGAGAUGUUGUGUAGGGAAAAGAACACAUUUGAGUCUCUGUUGUAUGCAAGCAAUUGUGUUUUGCUACCUUAAUGUGCCCAUUUUGCCUUGUAGAAAAGAAUUAAUAAAAGAAAAGACGCAAUAGAA